AUGUCAAGCAAUAAACUUAAGAGUACCGAAACAUGUCAGAUUUGUUCUACUGAAUUUACUUCAAUUAAAGAGUUUCAACACCAUGCAGUUGAAAGCUGCAUACCAUUCGUAUUAGAUUACUUUGGACUUUCAAAAACAAUAUUUAUUGAACUAUUGGAGAUACAAAAGAAGAAUGAGAAGUUAGAGGAGCAAAUAGCAGCAUUAAAAUUGGAGGCACAAAGAAUGAGCGUUAAAUUGGAAGCAAAGAAGAAAAGAAAGUUGUCUAUUGGUUCGACUUCUUGUACUUUCAUGGAUGAUGAUCAAUCAUGUCAUUCACUAGGUUCUGUUACUGGCACUACAUCAACAUCUAACAGUACUGCACCUAUGAUCUUUCCAGUCAAAGAAGAAAUGCAACCUGAAGCUCUUGAACAUAGAGUAGAAUAUGGUUCAAAUACUUUUGACAUUGAGAAAGGUGAGGAACCUAGUGGUUGCUACCUUGCUCAAACGCUCAAGCUUGUGUCUUCUACAGAUAAUCGACAUUUAGAGGUCUUUAAAUGUACCGGAUUGUUAGACAUACACCUCCUCGUGGUACAAUCUGGGCAACUAGCUCGACGAUCAUGUCGAUGA